CACGUGGUUAUGUUUUCAUUGCUAGCAAGUAACUUACUCAAGUUUCAGUCGAUUGUACAUAUCAUCAGGUGUUGAUGUUGAGUACAGCAUCAGUUAUUUACAACAAAUAGCAGGUAGAUUUAACGCCUGUGAGUUAUUGUAAUAACGUCAACGUGAACGAACGAUGUCUUCUGCAAUACAGUCUAUGUACGGUGUUGUUGUUGUGGGACUUGGACGAUCUGGGAAACCCAGAGUGAGGGAUUUACAGAAAACUUUCGACAAUGAGACACUGAAACGUAUACAGCUGAAAGGUUUUGUUUCAAGGAGAGAUGUUUCAGAGGACGGCUUAUCAAAGCUAAGCCUGGAUGAGGCUUUGUCCAGGGAUGACGUGGACAUUGUUAUUGUAGCUACAGAGCCUAAGAUGCAUGAGCAGUAUGUCAGGAAGGUACUGGAGGCAGGAAAGCAUUGUCUGGUGGACUAUCCUCUGGCUCUAACCUCCGCCGCAGCCAAGGAAUUGUACCAGCUAGCCAGGACAAAAGGUGUAUCAUUACAUGAAGAAAACAUUGGCAUCAUGUCAAAAACAAGUCAAUACCUGAGAGAGGAGCUAAAGAAGAGGCCACCAGUAACAGAAGUAGACAUGCUUCUGCUAGGUAAUUACAACGGCUGGAUUGAAGACUGGGAGAGUUCGGGUGGUCCGUUUGUCACGGGUAAUGGCAUGCUACAGACAGCUCUGUCCCUGUUCGGCCCCCUGGAGGUGGACGGAGCUAGCUUACAGCAAGAGGUGGACAAGUAUUCGGCUGUUGGACAUCUCUUUAUGACCGAGAAAAGACCUUUGAAUUUAACAUUACAGCGUGUGAAGGGAGAAGCCCAGAGGAGGAGUGAGUAUGUGAUUAAAUUUGAAGAUGGCAGUGUGAUUGACAGCUUCCCCGAUCACAUCCUACAGCCUCCUAAGCCAGGGCACGUAGGGUUAUUCAUGCAGGACUUGAUCAUGUUUGUGGAUGAGAUUGAAGGAAAACGAGAUCCCAGUGAAAACAUAGCCAGGACAAUAAGGUCUCUAGAACUGGCACAGGAGAUUCACUCUCACGUAGGCCUCUGAUGGAUUGUCAAGAAGCUUUACGUCGUGCAGCAUAGAAUGACAAUACUGGCAUAAUUUAACUUUAAAAUAAAUUUCAGUACACAAAACCGAUAGCUAAUUACUGCCCAAAUUCAUUUGAGUACACAGUAUAUAUUCUUUAUAAAUAUAUAUGUAUUCAAGGGGCUACAUAUACAUGUGAACAGCUUGUGAAGUCUUUGUCAGUUACAUGCAUUUGGAUAUUGGUAUGUUUGAAAGGUGUACAGGUAUGUCAGUAUUCAUAUUGUUAAGAAGUGGGUAGAUGACUAGUCUUUUUUAACUCCUUAUCUAUUGUUGAGGGUUAUUUUUUAUAUGAAUAUUGAACAGAUAUGGUUGCAAUGUUGGUGUGAAUUGGAAUAUUGUUAUGGAGGACAUGUUGGCAGAAAAUGCCACAGCAGAAUAUUGCAUAAUUAUUAUAAUUGGCCAUAAUUCAGAAACGCUCUACACAUUUUGUUUUGAAUGUUUAACCUACUUCAUCGUGAAUAUUUAAAGCAUUUUGUCGUAAAUAUUUAAUACGUUGUAUAUUGAAUUUAGCUGUACUGUGUGGCUGUUGCGGAACACCCUCAAGUAUAUGUGCAGGAAAACAUUAAAUAGAUGUACACUUCAAUCAGACCGGCCCGGAUAGCACAGAUGGUAGAGCGUCCGCUUCGGGACCGGUAGAUCCAGGAUCAAUCCUUGAUCGAGUCACACCUAAGACUUUAAAAGAGGAAGUUGUAACUUCCUCGCUUGGCGUUCAGCAUGAAGGGGAUAGUGCAACGACUGGUUGACCCGUAUCAGUAUAAUGGCUCGGGCGGGGCGGCUUACUUGCCUUCGGUAAGUCGUCUCAGUGAAGCAGCACUAAAUAAAAGAGCGGUGGAAAUCCGUCCUGCUACAAGGAGGCACGUUACACGUACAUGCACCCUAAAGAUUCCUUCGUCGUCAUAUGACUGAAAAAUUGUUGCGUACGACGUUAAACCCCAAGCACUCACUCACUCACUUUUGGCAGGAAAAGAGAUGAGAAAUUUUCCCAUAAUCUCAAUCGAUCAUGCCAAUUAUCACAGGACAGUGAUUAUUCCUCAGUUAACCAACUCUCUAACUCUGAAAUUCAUGUUCUCAGCAAUUUAAAUAGUGUUUUACCCUUUCACCUUCAGCCAAGGGGCGUGAACCCCAUUUGCACAACUUAAAAAGCCCUGUCCUCAAAACAGUUUUACAUGCCCUACUAUGAGCUACUGUAAGUCUUCAACCAUCUCAAAUAUUUGUAAGUUAUUUAUUCAAACAUAUCCUGAAGAUAUUUAUUGUGCUUAAAAUUAUGCUUUUGUCAAGCCCAGAAAUUGGUCAAACAUCAUUCAAUGUAGUUAUAUCUCCAAAAUGGGAAUUAAAAAUACACAUAAGUUGGUCUGAAAGUUGCUCUUUCAUAUUUGUGACAAGGUUGAGGAUUUAGGGUGUAUAAUGCAAGUAUAUAGUAUGUUAAUCAUUAUGAGUGUGAAUAGACAAGUAUUGUUAUAUCCUCCGUAAUUUUAUAAUAUUAGUACACGUACUGUGUAUGUGCAUUUAUUCAUUUUUCGAGGUACGGCUACCAUGUGUACGUACAUUUUAUCAACAUCAUCAGCAUGUUAACUUGUAUGUUCCUUACAUGCCCUCUUUGUUACCCUUUGUUUCAUUUUGAGA